AAACCCGCCCUUUUCCCAACUACCCCAACUGUUACAAAUAAACAAGAAGUGGGUCCCGCAUUUCCACAUGCUCUGUUCUUUCUCCAAACAAAUGAAAUUUCAAGAUCUACAGCUAGGGUUUCACUAAUUCUUGAAUUUCUUUCUUAAAUGUUUUUCCAAUGCCCAUUUUUCUAGGGUUUAAUAACAAGAAGCAUGGUUUCUUCCUCCAAACUUUCACUCCUUUUCUUGCUUCUUUCUAUCUGGGUUCUCCCUCAAUCCUCUAAAGCCCGCGUCUUUACUUUCAAGAUGCACCAUCGCUUCUCUGAAUCGCUCAAGAACUUGUCUGAUUUUACCUUCUCAACAAAAUGGCCCAGUAAAGGAAGUUUUGAGUACUAUGCCGAGUUGGCUCACCGUGAUCAGAUGCUUAGGGGACGUAAACUAUCCAAUGGGGAGGCUCCACUUUCUUUCUCUGAUGGAAACUCUACUUUUAGAAUUAGUUCAUUGGGAUUUUUGCAUUAUACGACUGUGGAACUAGGGACGCCGGGAGUCAAGUUUAUGGUGGCACUCGAUACUGGAAGUGAUCUAUUUUGGGUGCCUUGUGAUUGUAGCAAAUGUGCUCCUACUGAGGGUGUUGCUUAUGCUUCUGACUUUGAGCUUAGCAUUUAUAACCCAAAACAGUCAUUAACAAGCAAGAAGGUCACCUGCAACAAUAAUUUGUGCGCACACCGUAACCGCUGCCUCGGAACAUUCAGCAGUUGCCCGUACAUGGUUUCUUAUGUCUCUGCUCAAACUUCUACUUCUGGAAUUUUGGUAGAGGAUGUUCUGCACUUAACAAAGGAAGAUACUGAUAAUGAAUCUGUCAAAGCUUAUGUCACUUUUGGUUGUGGACAGGUUCAGAGUGGUUCCUUUCUGAACACGGCAGCUCCAAACGGUUUAUUUGGGCUUGGUAUGGAUCAGAUUUCAGUUCCAAGCAUUCUAUCUAGAGAAGGCUUGACGGCUGAUUCUUUUUCCAUGUGUUUUGGAUAUGAUGGAGUGGGAAGGAUCAGUUUCGGGGACAAGGGCAGCCCUAACCAGGAAGUGACCCCAUUCAAUAUGAAUCCAUCUCACCCAACCUAUAACAUUUCUGUCACUCAAGUUCGAGUUGGAACAGCCUUAAUCGAUGUAAAUUUCACAGCUCUUUUUGAUUCGGGAACGUCCUUUACCUACUUAAUCGAUCCAACUUACGCGAAGGUUUCGGGAAAUUUCCAUGCACAGGCACAAGACAAGAGGCGUCCACCUGACCCGAGGAUCCCCUUUGAAUAUUGUUAUGACAUGAGUCCCGGAGAAAAUUCAAGUUUCAUACCUAGCAUGAGGUUAACCAUGAAAGGAGGAGGCCAAUUUGUUGUUUCCGAUCCAAUAAUUGUCAUCACUACUCAGAAUGAACUUGUGUAUUGCUUAGCAGUUGUCAAGAGUACUGAACUCAAUAUCAUUGGACAGAAUUUCAUGACUGGCUAUCGUGUUGUAUUUGAUCGAGAAAAGCUCGUCUUAGGAUGGAAAAAGACAAACUGUUACGAUCAGGAAUAUUACUCAUUCCCGACAGAACCACAUGCGUCCAAUGUCCCUCCUGCUGUUGCUGCAGGAGUCGGUAACUAUUCUAGUCCACAAUCAGCAAAAAAUGAGCGGAAGAACUCGGAGAGUUCAGCAGCAGCAUCCCAUUACUAUAGCCAUACUUAUUUUGUAAUUAACUUCAUAUUGAUCUUCAUACUAGAAAAUUUAUUGUAACCCAUUUUAUAGUCAUUCUUUUAUUAAGAAAGCUGCAUUGUCAUUCUUUAGGCAAGUUCCGGAUCCGGUAAGCGUUAAGUCGGAAAAUGCAGCUUUCCUUAACCUAGGUAUAGCAGUAGGUGAUAGGUAUGAUUGUUUCAUAUACAGAUAUAACAUAUUGUACAUUAGUUGGUGCACCGUGCCAUUUUUAUCAGUUCUAUCAUACCUGUAGAACUCCUCAUUUUGUUGAUAA